CCGGGACACGCACAAAAAAGUCAACAAGAAAAGAUAGCUACCAUCUAGCACGGGACCUCGGUAUGGAUGGAAACUGACGAAUUGCUUGGCUACACAGACUCGCGACCCGGCAAUUGAUCAAUACCCAACAACUUUACAACACCCGGGUUUUGGCAGAAAUAUACCAAACAAACGGCCGGUUAGGAAAGCUCGGGUCGGACCGUUCAGCAGCUAGUACCUACCUCUAGGUCAACUCCUUCAACCCCGCGUCCCAUCGUGGAGCUCUUUGGUCUCUACAAUUUUCCGUCUGCGAAACACAGGCUACCUACACUACCUUGUAGGCAAAAGAAUAUCCAUCCAUUGGUUGUUCGUUGGAUAAUCAGAAACCAGUCAAAGAAAGAUAGCCCACGGACUGGUUGGCUUUGAGCCCCUGUGAUUCCGUGUUGAAUUCAGCGUCAUGACAACCUCAACAGCCCCAGACGUCCCGCAUUGGCGGCUGCAGGAACAGCUCCCGGAGUCAGCUGCACCGUUGUCACCACACCACGAGCCUCAAGCACCACCAACAAGACCAACGGCGCCGGUAGCUCCAGACACACCACCGCAACCCGACGCGCCCAGAAUCCCAUUGCCCGCCCCGACCACAGGUUCAUCGACAAGUGCAACCGCGAUCGAGCCCCCGACCUCCAAUGCCGCGCCGAGUUCCACUGCUAAGGCCGAUCAUCAGCACCUGCCGUCAUGUACAGGACCCACAACCUCAACCGCGACAUCGCGCAGCUCUGUCUCCAAUUCCAAUUUAUCCGCAUCUUCUGUGACAGCAAACAUCCCUCAAGACCCAAAAAACGGGACAGUCCCCGGUGGCGUAGACACGGCGGCGCCAGGUGGAAGCUUCCAUAGCAGCGAGCAGCCAACGACCGUCACCACUGGAGCCCGGGGAGUGACGGUUGACGGGCCCCCGUCUGCACUAAAUGGGCAGCCCCAGCAGUCCCAGAACCCGUCUCAGGUACCCGCUCCGUCGCCGAUUCCUGCCCCAGACGCGACAAAUUCUGCCGCGACCUCGACCUCAACCUCGACACCUGCGAACGCAACUCUGUCUGCGACCGGCCCUGCGACCACGACGAUCCCGAGUACCACGAUCACAGCCUCUGCUCGAUCCAACUUCAGGGACCCCAUUCGAUGGAGAGACCCCAUAACGGUCCAUUACGACAGUGACAGUGGCCACGCUCACCCGGCAAUACUCCACGCUCAGUCCGCGCAUCCAGCAUCAGCAUCAUCAUCAUCAUCAUCGUCAUCGCAGUUGCCGCCGCCGUUGCAAUUGAAGUACGAACUGUCCCGGCAACACAUCGAGCAUCAUCCCGCAUCGCAACCGGCAACUCAAUCACAACUUCCCGCCCAGGCACAAUCACAAUCUUCGGCCCAGCCUGCUCCAGCACAAGCCAGAUCGCACCACGAACCCAACCGUUGCCGGCCGUCUCGAUCCCAUCCUCAAACUUACCAUACGCAACCCCCGCUCCAGCCCGCCCCGGCGCCGGUGACCGCGACUCAACUCCCACCGCCUGCGCAUUCCCCACGACAGUCAUAUCAACAUCACCUUCAAGCCUCUCCAUACCAAUAUCAAGCCCCGCCGCCCGCGCAUCCUCAGCAUCAUUACCAGCAUUCGUAUCCUGUCGGGGCCCCUCUGCACCACCCUCCUCCCCCUCCUUCCCAACAGCAGCACCAUCCAUACGAGCACCCAUAUUCAUCCCGUAACGACGGCUUGAUCUCAAGACCUAUCAUCAUGGACCCGCCUAGGUCGCGGCCCGUGAGCCAGCUGCCGCCACCGGCCGACCCGAUCUCUAGCUCUGGGUUCCCUUCGCCAGCUACAACUCACGCACACCUCAACAAGAAAUUCGCAGACGAUUGCACGCGGUUGACCUAUGCAAUCCAACAAAGCACACCCGAGGCCGUUCGGCGCGUUGUUCGAGAUAAUUGGGAGAAGUGUAUGUUGGGUACCGAGUUUCACCAAGCUUUUAUUCUGAACGCAUCAAUACAUCACGCUGUACCAUCUAUUACACGGCGCGCAGUUAGAGACUUCGGGCAAAAGAUGGUUCUCGAGUCAAAGCACGAGUUAAUCAGCCAUUUCUCGACGGCUGAUCUCGAUGACAUCGCCGACGCUAUUAUCAACAAGGCCAGCGAGGCCUUUCUGGACAAGUGCCUGAACGCACGACUCCUAACAAUUGAAGCGAAACCUUUGAUCACGGCCCUUGCCAAGGCUGAACGUCUUGGUUACAAUCCUGCGGACAUUGUGGAAGAGCAGCAUGAGAGGGUCACGCCUACUUCGCAGGCUGCUCGGCCUCCUCCACCCCAGUCAACCUACCCCGGCCGUUUGCAGUGUAUGGGGUGCUACAGGGUUUUCACAUAUCAAGUUCCCUACGAAUACCACACGUCGCGCCGACUCUGCACUGUACGCCCCCCGGCGAGCGUAAAGGGCUUCGAGUUUUCAUGCCAGUAUUGCGGCGAAGGGUUCACCAGAAGUGAUGAGCACCAAUCGCACGAACGCGCUCGAACUUGCUUCCAUCCGGGGCCACCCUUAGCUCGAGGACCCGGUCGUCCUCCUCGCGUCGCUCCAGUCCCUUCGUCUAUAGCACAGGCAACGCCAGCGGUUACUAGGACGAUCGACCUGACCUCGGCUGGCUCGACACCCUCUGCUGAAACUCCCGCUGGAACUAAAACCCCUAACGCAGCCGACCCUUACGGCCACUUAACUGAGGAGCAACUAGCGGCAAUGGACGCCGACCUCAAGGAAGCAGAAGCGAAGUUUGCACCUAGAUUUGCCGAAGCACACGCGAUACCUGACGAGAACGAGCGGCGGAUCAAGAUCGAGGGGCUCCGGAAUAGCUUCGGUACCAAGCAAUCGAUGAUUAGAAAGAAAUACGGAGUUCGCCUUCGCCAACGCCGAACCAAAGCAGAAAUCCAAGCAGAGGAGGAGCGAAUGGGUCUCGAGAAGCUCAGGAAGAAGCAAAAGGCCGCGGCCCAGCAAGCUGCUGCUGCUGCUGCUUCUGCUUCUGUGUCUGUUUCUACUUCCACGGGCACGGCCCCCCCUCGUCCUGCCGGUAGCGGUUGGGUUGCGGCUAAUGCGCCGCGUGCUAAUGCCGUAUGGGAGGAGCAUGAGGCUAAGAGAAGGCGGAUGGACGUAAGCGGGACCUACCAGACGCCUACUAAACCGACACUUUCCGUGAUUGAGAUUGGCGGCGGCCUCGCCGGUGUCGCGGCCACGGCUGAAACCCAUGAUCCUACCCGCCCGUCACCUAUUUCGGGUCAUCAGAAUCAGACUGCUAGUAGCAACGGCCAGUCAGAGGAAGAAGAUGAAGAGGAUAGCGGAUCAGGUUCAGGGAGGUCCAGCACGGCAAAUGACGAAAUGGAUGUUGAUGAACAACUGGGAAGCGGGCCGGCUUCGAGACCACUGCAGAACAACCACAACAGUAACCACAACGACGACGAUGACGACGAUUCGGACUCUUCAGACGACGAGGAUAUCCCAUCGACACUACCGGCGCAUGUUAGGCAGACGCUAGCGACGAGAAACGCAUAGGAGAGUUAUAAGUACUCGGCAUUCGCAAAGACGGGCACAACGAUCAGGUCGGAGACGCAGGUCAAGGUGGCCAGAUUAAAGGGUAAAAUUACGGCGAGCGCGUUCGUGGGGGAAAUGGU